CACCAAGUAAAAACAAAAUAAUUUUAUUUUUACUUCGUCUUUGGGAGCUCCUUUCCUGUUUUAUCACGUAUAUAUGUCGAGAUAAAAUUAAAUAAACAAAAAAAAAUAUAAUACUUAUAUGUAAUUUUCACUACUCGCAAUAAACUCGGGGUUUAGAAAGAAAAAAACAACCAAGUAAUAAAAUAGAGAUGAAUAGAAAGAGAAAUGUAGCUUUUAUUAAGCCUGAGGAUCCAAACUUUUUGAAAGUUCUCAAAAAGCAGGUAGGUUACGAUGAUAGUAAUCACAAGUUCGAUAAAUUGGAGCAAGAUGAUUUUGUAGAUGAUGAAGAAAGUGAGUUGCCUCAAGUAGUGGUCCUCAAGGAAGGUGACCUGACUGCUGAAGAGGCUAACGAAGAGAAACUCAAAAUAGAAAAAGCAGAAUCUACAGAAAAAGCAGACCUUAGCCAAAAAGUUAUAUUCCAGUCUAAAACCAAGAAAACUUCAACAUCAAAGAAAAAUACAAGUAGUGAUAAGGAUAAAAGCAAAAACUUACAACUCCUAUCCUUUGGUGAUGAUGAAUCAGAAGAUGAAACUUGACUUAAAUUAAAAUAAAUAAUUUUAUUUA